AUGAUUAGUCCUCCAAUAUCAGCAGUGAAGCCGCCGUCCUCUCCUGUUCAGAUCGCGACGGAGCCACCGGAGUCUGCCGCAGCAGAGUCAGAUUUCGUGGUUAUCCUUGCUUCUUUGUUAUGCGCUCUAAUCUCAGUGAUGGGCCUAAUUGCGGUGGUUCGGUGUGCCUGUCUCCGUCGCGGUGGAGCUGCAGUAGGAGGACAGAUAUCAGCCAAUAAGGGUUUGAAGAAGAAGGUGCUGCAGUCAUUCCCCAAGUUCACAUAUGAUUCCUAUUCCGUGGAUGGGGCGGCGUUGGUGGAUUGCGCCAUAUGUUUAGCGGAAUAUGUAGAUGGAGAUGAUAUCAGGGUGUUGCCGGAUUGCGGCCAUGGGUUCCAUGUUCUUUGUAUAGACAAGUGGCUGGGAUCCCACUCGUCUUGCCCUUCUUGUCGGAAGAUUCUUGCCGUGGCUUCGUGUCGUAAAUGCAGCGAGAUGCCGGAGAUCUCUGACGCCGGCGAUGCCAUCACGGAUCCUGCUGAAACUGAGCUCAAGUCCAGACAAGAUCGCUUUGCUGCAUCGAGUUCAGUUGGGUUUUUGCCGUAG